AUGAACAAGCAAAGACAGUUACUUCUUCUUGUGGGAGUGAUAUUCCAUUUGUUCUAUAUCUGGUCUAUCUUUGACAUUUACUUUGUGUCACCUUUAGUCCAUGGUAUGGAUCAACAUGUGUCAAACGCCGAGCCUCCAGCAAAAAGAUUGGUGUUGAUAGUAGGUGAUGGUUUGAGAGCUGAUACUACGUUUAAAAAGGUUAAACAUCCUAAAACUGGAGAAGAGGAAUAUUUGGCACCAUUUUUAAGAGACAAGGUUUUGAAUGAAGGAAGAUUUGGGAUUUCCAAUACCAGAAUGCCUACUGAAUCUAGACCUGGUCAUGUAGCCAUGAUUGCAGGAUUCUAUGAAGAUGUCAGUGCUGUCACCAAAGGAUGGAAAGAGAAUCCUGUGGACUUUGAUUCAUUCUUUAACCAAUCGACCCAUACUUACUCCUUUGGGUCACCAGACAUUCUUCCCAUUUUCUCCAUUGGUAAUGUUGUUCCUGGAAGAAUCGAUUGUCAUAUGUAUGGCCAUGAGUUUGAAGAUUUCACUGCCAAUUCCAUUGAUUUAGAUGCCUUCGUGUUUGAUCAUUUCAACCAACUUUUAGCUAAUUCAUCCACCAACCAAACCUUGAACGACGAAUUGAAUAAAGAUGGUAACGUGUUCUUUUUACAUUUGUUGGGUUUGGAUACUGCUGGACAUGCUUAUAGACCCUAUGCUGCAGAAUAUUUUGAUAACUUAGCUUAUGUUGAUGAUCAGUUGUCUAAAUUAGUUCCUAAAAUCAACGACUUCUUUGGUGAUGAUAAAACAUCUUUUGUUUUCACAGCAGAUCAUGGAAUGUCUGAUUUCGGUUCUCAUGGUGAUGGACAUCCUAAUAACACCCGUACACCUUUAAUAGCAUGGGGUGCAGGAAUCAAUAAACCUAAAGUUGCCGAUGGAACUGAAUUGGCUGUACAGGAUGCAGUUUUAUCAGGUUAUGAAGCUGAUUAUUUUGAUACCUGGGAUUUAGAUCAUUUAGUACGUACUGAUGUUAAACAAGCAGAUAUUUCUCCAUUGAUGGCAUAUUUGAUUGGUACAAAUUAUCCUAAGAAUUCUGUAGGGGAGUUGCCUAUGGAUUACUUGUCAGACACGCCGAUUUUGAAGAUCAAAGGAUUGUAUCAUAAUGCAUUAGCUUUAAUCGAACAAUAUUACGUAAAAGAACAGGAAGUUUAUGAACAUCAAUUCAAAUUCAAACCUUUCAGACAUUUCGAAAAGUAUCCUAUUGUGGAGUACACCCAAAGAAUAGAGACUUUGAUUCAAUCAUUGGAAAAUGAAUUCGAUAGUGCCUCGGCAGAAGAAGUCAUUAGAUUAUGUAAAGAUUUAAGCACUCAAUCAUUGAAUGGAUUGAAUUAUUUACAAACCUAUAAUUGGUUAUUCCUCAGAACUAUCGUAACCUUAGGCUUUGUGGGAUGGACAUUAUUUUCCUUUGUGAUCUUCUUGAAAAUCUUCAUUUUAAAGUCAUAUGAUGAAUCACAUUCUCCAGUAUUGGGGGGUUUAGCCACUUUGGUUGGUCUGGUCGUAUUUUACGUGUUAUAUUAUCAAAAUUCCCCCUUCAACUAUUACAUGUAUGCUAUCUUCCCAGUGUACUUUUGGUACAGUAUUAUCAAUGACUUGAAAGUUUUCCUUCAAGGACUGGGGAUCUUAUUUGAUAAUAUUAGUCCUUCCACCAAAUUACUUCUCGUCAUAUCCUUCAUUGGAAUGUAUGAGAGUAUUGUUUAUGGGUUCUUCAAUAGAGUGAUCUUCUCCUUCUUAUUCAUAAUGAUUGGUAUAUACCCAAUAUUUUUCGAUGUUCCAAUCUUGAAUAAAUUCAUGUGGUUUGUUAGUUGUUGCAUGAUGACAAUAUUCCCUAACUUGAACCCCGUCAAGACCGAAGAUAUCAACCUUAUCAAUAUAGGAACUGUUCUUAGUUUGAUCAUAUCAUUCGUGGGGAUGAGGAAAUUAAAUUCGAUCAUUGAUCCAUAUAGUAAAUCAUUAUUGAUUUUACAAAACAUCUGUAUUGGAGCUAUGGUUGUUUUCACCAAUAUUUCCGUUGAUUCCUUACAAAGACGUCAAGGUUUACCUUUGUACAGUCAAGUUAUGAGUUGGAUCAUUUUUAUUGUUUCGUUGAUAGUCAUUCCCACCCUUUACAGUUUGAAACCAAAUAAUAACUACAAGCUUAGAUUACUCAUUAUCUUCUUGACGUUCAUCCCGACAUUCAUCAUUUUGACAAUCUCCUUUGAAGUAUUGUUCUACAUUGGUUAUUCUUUGGUUCUUUUACAAUGGUUGUAUAUCGAACAAAUCAUCUAUAACAAACUGAACUGGGUCCAAACUUUACGGGUUACCAUCAUUGGGUUCUUCUAUUUACAAUUAUCGUUCUUUGGUAUUGGAAAUAUUGCUUCCAUCUCAUCAUUUUCCUUAGAUUCAGUCUACAGGUUGAUUCCUAUUUUCGAUCCUUUCCCAAUGGGAGCUUUGCUUAUGUUGAAAUUAAUCAUUCCAUAUAUCUUAUUAUCUUCAUGCUUAGGAAUUAUGAAUUACCAAUUGAAGAUUGAAAAAUUCACCAUUUCUACUUUGAUCAUUUCCACUUGUGAUAUUUUGUCCAUCAAUUUCUUCUACUUGGUCAGAACCGAAGGUUCUUGGUUAGAUAUAGGAACAUCGAUCUCGAAUUAUGUUUUAGCUAUGUUGAGUAGUUUAUUCAUGUUAAUCUUAGAGUUGGUCAGUUCAGUAGUUUUGAAAGGUGUGGAGUUCAAUGAUAACACAAGCUUGAAGAAGAAAAAUCGAUAG